GCACUAGCAGGCCGGCAGUUAAGCGCAGACCUGUCCCGCAGAGGAUGGAGGAAUGGAGCCGCCCCAAGAGUUGCGUAGAGGUUCCAACACAGCUGAUAACCGUGGCGGGCGGGUCCGAUCCCUGUACACAGCCCCUAUACUUCAGAGUCCUCCUGCCAACCUGGAAAAUAUGCACAGCAGAACGUCGGGAUUUUCUUCGAUUCGUUACACCCAGGACCAAAACAAGACCAUGAAUGGUCUUGACCAAAACAUGCCCAAGGACCAGAACAAGGAGGGCGCUGGGUACCGGCUGCUGAAUAUGCUGAGAAUAACUCUUAAAGGGUCUGAAAUUAAAGAACCGGAAAUAACACCUGAAGUUCCAACUUUGAUACCAUUUGGGGAUGUGGUUGGCUGCAUUGCUAUUCAUAUAAAGAACUGCAGACAUUUCUCGCCUAAGAUCCGUUUACAACAUUUCAAUAAUUUGUUCAUUCGCAUCUCUAUAAACAACAUUGUGAAAUGUACAAAAGUAUGUAGCUUGGCAUCCCAAAAUGGUGAAAAGUACACUACAGUUAAUUUUGAUGACACAAAGUACUUUUCUGUACAGGUUCCCAGGCGUCAAGAUGAUGAGCGGAAUAAUAUAUACUUGGAACUAAUGCAAUAUAGAAGUACAGAAAAAUAUCCUCUCUUACUAGGGAGUGUUAAGGUACACCUUUAUGAUGUAAUUCAGAAAGGAUGCUUUAUUGAAGAAUUUGAAAUGUUGCAUAAAAACAUGUCUAUCUGCAAGGUGGCAGUGGAAUUUAUGUUCUCCUAUGGAAACUUUGGUUAUGGAUUUUCACAUCAGUUAAAACCUCUUCAGAAGGUGGCGGAGCCGCCCAUGUUUAUGAAUAUUGCACCACCUGCAGGAAGAAUAGAUCCUGUGACAAAUGUUAUUACACCACAACCGAUAGAGUAUCCAGCAUUCCUAUCCCCAGACCUGAAUGUUACUGUUGGGACGCCAGCUGUAGUGCCCAACCAGUCGUCUGUAGUGCAACUUGAAAAACUUCAGCAACAACCUCGGGAAAGGCUGGAAAAAAUGAAAAAAGAAUACAGAAAUCUGAAUACAUGGAUAGAAAAAGCUAACUAUUUAGAAGGAGUUCUUAACCCAAAAAUGGCCCAUAAAGAACUUAAGGAAACUGAUACCGAGCAGUUACUAAAAAGCCUACGUGAAGCAGAGUCUGAAGUUUUUGAAGCAUCGGAUUUCCCUCUUAUAAUGGAGGAAGUUGAAACUGUUCCAAGUGAGUUGCUGGAUAAUGAUGAUAAGAAAAGCCUGACUCUACCAACUCUGAACCAGUCAAAUCAAGAUAAUUCAAGUGCUGUUGCUCCUGAAAGUGAUGAAUCAACAAAGCAAACAGAUGAGUCAACAAAGCAAACAAAUGAAUCAACAAAGCAAACUCCAUUGCCUGUUAUUCCUAUCCUGAAAAUAACAGAGGAGAACCAAACAUCACCUCUAGAAGACUACCAAUCAGAAGCUGCACUGGAGGGGGAAAAAAAUAUGUUCUUAACAUCAGAUGUAAAAUUGAAAGAUAGAUAUCCAAGGCUUUUAAAAACAGACUCAUCUUCAUCAGAGAGCCCUUAUUGUUCCACUAGCACAUUGAAUGAAAAUAUAAAACUUCCUUAUACUGUAGAUUAUCCCUGUGGACCAAAAAAUACAAAUAAAAAAGGAAAAUCAGUGAUUUUUUCACCAACGGAAAACGUUAUACCAUAUUUCAGACCAGAAUAUAUAGAAUCCAAACCAAAAUAUCAGUUCCAGAAAUUCAACCUUAAGAAUGGUUUUGAUCCUUUUCUAAGGAAUAUAAGCAACAAAACAUCAGUCAGUAAAAGGAAAGACCAAGAUAUGUCCAAAUAUAGAAACACUUCAAGUGCAGAGAUUAUAGAGCAUGAAGACCAAGAUCCUCCUUACCCAACAUACUCAAAAACUGCAACACCUACUAAUAAAACCUGGCCCUGUGAUCCUGGUAUCACCACAGUAAAGACUUUAGACACCAAGACUAAGUUAAAGUCAGCCUGUGAUCCUGAUUUCAUCACAGUAAAGACUUUAGAUACUAAGAAUAAUUUAGCCCAUGAUCCUAAUAUGACCACAAUAAAGACGUUAGAUACUAAGAAUAAGUUAAAAGAAAGACUACCAAAUGUAUCUCUACCUAAUUUUGAAGGAGAAUCUUCAGUGACUGGAAAUGUGAAUACAUAUCAUCUCUCAAAAUCAUUAAGUCUUACUCCCCACCUAGAAAAUUUAAAACAAUCAAUGGUGCUCAAGUCAAUUUUAAGUAAAAAUCUGCAAGACCUAGCAGAUAAAUUAUUUUCUAAACCAGAGAUUCCUAUGGACACUGAAGCAAGAAAGAAAAGUCCUAGUUCUCCACUUCUGAGUAUUCAUGAUGGAUCACAAAGUAGUUUGGAAAGUAAAGUAUUUGAAAAAGUCCAAGACUCAAAUAUCUGUCUUCCAGAAAAAGACAUGGUACAUUCAAAGUCUCUUUUAAGACAAGUAACUAAAGAUAUUCUUGCAGAUUUACUUGAAAGUGGACCAUCACUUGAAGAUGGACCAAGAAAUUCUCCAGAGGUAGAAAGAGCACUUGUUUCACCUCCAGGUGCUAAGCACCUGGAGGCUGAUGAGAUCAAUUUUCCACUUACAAAAAAUAAUCUCCAGAAGCAUUCAAAAAUUGAAGUGUCUAGAUCCAAACCAGGUGUAAGUGACAUUGCACAUGAUUAUGUUAUAAAGCAAAUAUUCACAGCACCUAUCUUCUCAGAGUUGGAAGUAGGAGAGAAAGAAUCGAGUGAGACACCAGUAAAUUUGCAGAAUCAAUUACCCACAGCUUGGGAGAGUUUAUCUUCAAAUAUUCUACUUCAUUAUGAAGAAAACGAUGAUGAAAUAGAAUUGCCACAGGCCAAAUCUGUCAUAAGCCAGAUAAUACAAGCAUUUCCUGUAGAUACUCUUUUAGAAUCUGGGAUAAUCAAAGUGAUAGAGUUAGAUAAAGAAUAUCAGAAGGGUUCUGUGCAGGAUACAGAGACAGUCUUUGCUGAAGAAGAGCCGAAGUAUUCCACAGAGGAUUAUUCAGAAACCCAAAGAGGAACAGAAUCUCUUUCAGAGAAGAAUACACUCCUCAUUCCCAAAGAAACCACUUCUUUUAAUAGCAAUGAAUAUAUGGAUGAAGGUCAAAAUAUAUCCUUACAAGAUUCAAAAUAUCAGUCAACACCAGAUAAAAAAACAGAUACGCUAAAUAAUAGUCAGAGGUUGAAUAGGGAAGAAAAUGAUCUAAAUUCUGCUUUAGAAAAUUUAAGUAACUCAUUAAUGGGUAAACUUAAUGACACAGAUGCAAUAAUGUUAAAAUCCUUUUUAAAACAUAUGUUUAAUAUUUUUUUCAAAUAUAAUCAGUCUAAAAGAAGACAACCAGGGAAAGAAUUAGAAAGACUAAUUCAGCAUCCUUUUCCAAAUAACACAGAAGACCUAGAAGAAAUUAGAGAGAAUUUUGAUAAAACAGAUAAAUUAGACAGAAAACCUAUGUUGAGUCCAAAGCUGUGUGUAUUUCUAGAAGAACUCUCAGAGUCAGAAAUUAAAAAUUUAAAAUCUGAACUAAGUAAACAUAUCCAACAUUACCUUGUAGAAAGACUUUCAGAAUCUGGACAUAUCACCAAAGAAGACUUACCAAAAAUCUACCAAAAUCUGUAUUUGAUGAAUGAGAAAGUGGAACCAAAAGGGCAAAAUAUUUUUCUGGAAAAAUAUUCAGAAACUGUAAAAGAAAUCAUGUCUUUUGUAAAUAAUUUUAAUCAUCAUUUCAUAGAUAAACAUUUGGAAAUAAAGCUAAGAUCUUUCUUAAAUGAAAUUCUCCAAAACUAUUUCCUAAAAAACCUUUCGGAAAGCAGUUUAUUUAGAGAGACAGAAUCUGAGACUAUCAACUCAAACAUGUCUUCUCUAAGAACUAAAAGUGCCUCCAUAUCAUUUCAUGAGUUAGGACAAGAUAUUUCAAGGGGGAGUUUUGGGAAGAGACUUGAAUUAAACAUGAAAUACCCCUUAAAUAAAUCUCUACAAAACUAUCUUACAGGUUUAUCAGAAAAUGAACUAUUAAAUCUAAAAGCUGAUUUAAGCAAACACUUCCAGAGCCUUUUUAUAGAAAGACUUUCAAAAUCAGGACUAAUCACAGAAAGGCAAUUAGAGGGGCUCAACCAGCGUAUAAAUUUGAUCAAUUCUAGUUCCAUACCAUUAAAAUGUAUAAAGCCAGAUUUAUCUUCUAGAAAUGAAAACCAAUUUAUGGAGGAGAAUUCAGAAAAGCAAAAUAAAUAUUCAAAAAUUGUUCAAAAAACUACUCUACAAAAAGAUCCUGAGGGGAGACUUGUAGAAACAGAACUAACCAAAAAGAAAGAAAAGGAAUAUUUUUCCUUACAGAAUAUUAAGGAAAAUCCAUCAAUAAUUGGGGAACAGAAAAGACACUAUCCUAAAGAAGGAGCCAAACCCCUGAGAUUAAUUAAAGUACAACCUUCUUUCAUCAGAAAUACCCAAGCGAUUCCAUUAAAUAAGUCAUCAGAAAGACUUACAGAUAUAGUGCUUAAGAAACAAAGGAAAGAACAUGGUUUCAUGCAGCUUCCUCGAGCAGAAAAUUAUUAUUUUAAAACAGAAAUUCAAGACUCAGAUGGUUGGAGUGGUAAAUCAAAAGCAACUCAGUCAAAUAUUUGCCUUGAAAGGACACUAAAAAUGAAGUCCCUUGAAAAAAGGGAGCAUAAUCUCUAUAAACUGAUGGCACAGGAAAAACCGGAAGCAGUACUGUCUCCAUAUCCAAGAAUUCCUAAUUACGAAAUGUCAAGUGAAAAUGAAGAAUAUAUAUACAAAUACAAUUUUCCUUCCAGGCAGAAUAACAUUUUAAGUUAUUUCAGUUUAGAGGUUGGGGAGAAAUCAAAGCUAGAAGACCAGUAUAUUCAGAGGUUGAAAGGAAAUAAUAAUAAUAAUAAAAAACAUCUAGUAACAUUGGCACAAUACAAAAAAAUACAUACUCUUUCUGUACGGACAAAUGGAAUUUGUAAUGAAAAGCAUGCCAAGUUCCCUGAAUCACAGUCGUUUAAAUACAAAGGUGUGGAAGCUGAGAAAAACUCAAAACCAUCCCUCUUCCCAGAAGUAUUAAAGAGAGAAAAUCUAAAGCCCAAGGUCCGAAAAGAAAGAGACCAUGGCAACAAACAGAAGAAGUCCUUCAGCAAGAUGGUUAAGAUACUACCAGCCUCACUGCCCUCCGCGAGAAUUCUAAGGAAAUCUGUUCCAAGGACAUUGCUUCACUGGACCGCGAGAACAACUAUACAUGAUUGUUCGGAUAGAUUUGAGGAUAUACCCGUGACCUCAUUUAAGCAUGUUGAGCAAGCAAAAUCAAGAACAAGGUUUUUAGGAAAAAGCCCGGAUGAUAACCAUAAUCAGUUAAAACACUUUGCAAGACCGAAUACUGCUCCAGAGGUUCACAAACGGCGAGAGAGCUACAACGGAAAAUUAACAAGUCCUCGAAUGAUUUCAGCAGGCUUAGUUCACAUAAGUGAUGCAAUCCCAGAUUAUGAAAUCCAGAAAGUGAGGCAAAAAAAGAAAUUAAAAGAGAAUAUUGAAAAGUGUUCAUUCAUUUGUGAUAUUAUACAAAUGUUAAAAGUUCAGAAUAAUAUGUAAGGCCAACAGUCAAUUUCUCCAAUGAACAAAAUGGUUUGGAGAUCUGUCCUUCUGUGUGAUAGAUGUCAACAACCAAAUUUCACCUUGUUAGAACCAUUUUGUUUUAAUUAAAAUGAAAAA